UUGUUUCCAAACGUCAAAAAACAAACAAUAGAAUAAAUUAUUUAAAAUAUUACUACAAAUAAGAAACAAGGGAAUUGUAAAGCAUGGAUCCGAUCGUGGGAUUGGAAAAACAAAUCGAAGCGCUGGAACUGCAAGCUUUACAAAACGAAGAUCAAUCUCAAAUCAAAAGUAAAAUCCAAGCAAUUACCGGGCUACUGCUGCAGACUCGAAUGAUGAUAAAUUCGGCUCUCAGUUGUCGAGAAGCGUUAACUUCAAUGUUGCAACCUCUAACGACCGUUAACGAUUAUUUGAAUCCUUCGACUAGUGGCAAUGACGUUGAAGCGGAAGCGAAAAGGCUGUAUUUACUUGAAUCAUAUCCUGAAUUAAUAGGUACCGUACAAACGAUAGGAACCUUCGAAUCGCUCUUACCGUUUCUUGGAUCGAUUAACAUUUCCAAAGUGGUGGAAUUUUGCGAGAUUUUAGAAGAGCUGGCUUUAAACAACACUGAACUUUACGGAGAAUGUAGGGAUGUUAUAAAGGAAGUUCUUGCUGCGUUACAAGACUAUAAUGAUAUAUCAAAUUCAAUUAAAGCGUUACUUUCACAGUGGGAUUUUACCAUAUCUAAUCUUGAGCAUGCUUUGCAACCUAAAUUUCUAGAUGUACCGUGAAAAAAUUGAGGGAAUUUUUUGGAUUUUUUUAAGCAUGAUGGUAAUGUAAUGGUAUAGAAUGGUAAUUUGAUAUAUUAGAUUGGCUCGAUACUUUUGAUUGAAGUGUAUCUAAAUAUUUAAUAAUAUGAAUUAAGAUUAUGCUGAUUAUACAUAAUUCAUAAAAAAUACCUUAUUCCCCAACAUGUAACUGCAUGAAUAAUAGGUGGUUUUACAAUGUACACAUAAAUGAAUUACUUAUGUGGUUACAAUUGAAUAAAUGCAUUAUCUAAGUUUGCUUUUAAUUGCAAGUACCCCUUGGUUCUAAU